GAGCUUUAAACCUCAGCCAUUCGUUGAAUGAUAGGCUAUCCAUAAUCUCAUCCUCUCUUGGUUUUAUUUCAGUCACUCCCAACACUUGCUCUCUCAUCAUCUCUAUCUUAUUAAAAUGAAUAUAUAACGACCUUGCAAAUUUUCUGACUGUCUUGCUACCACUUCUACUACUGCUUGCUUAAGCUAUAGGCUAGCUAGCUACCUCCAUAUCCUCCAUCCUCCAUCCUCCCUCGCAAGGAUGGCUUCGGCUAUUCUUUCUGCGGCCAAACCAUCUCUUCAGGCAAAUGGAAAGGGAUUUGCAGAAUUCUCAGGUCUCCGCACCUCAUCAGCUUGCCUUCCUUUUGGAAGGAAGACCUCAGACGAUUUGUUUUCAGUCAUUUCCUUCCAGACCUCUGCUGUGGGAAGCAGCGGAGGAUACAAAAAGGGCAUAGCAGAGGCGAAGCUAAAGGUGGCUAUAAAUGGAUUUGGAAGAAUUGGAAGGAACUUCUUGCGGUGCUGGCAUGGGCGCAAGGACUCCCCUCUUGAUGUCGUUGUCAUCAACGACACUGGAGGCGUGAAGCAGGCCUCCCACCUCCUCAAGUACGACUCUACACUUGGAAUCUUCGAUGCUGAUGUCAAGCCCGUUGGUGAUAAUGGCAUCUCCGUUGACGGCAAGGUCAUCAAGGUCGUGUCUAGCCGCAAUCCCCUCAACCUGCCUUGGAAGGACUUGGAGAUUGACCUAGUGAUAGAAGGCACUGGUGUGUUUGUGGAUAGGGAGGGUGCAGGAAAGCACCUACAGGCAGGGGCCAAGAAGGUGCUUAUCACUGCCCCUGGAAAGGGCGACAUCCCCACCUAUGUGGUCGGGGUCAAUGCUGACGCCUACAGCCCAGAUGAAACCAUCAUUAGCAAUGCUUCUUGCACCACCAACUGCCUUGCCCCCUUCGUCAAGGUCCUUGAUCAAAAGUUUGGCAUCAUCAAGGGCACCAUGACCACCACACACUCGUACACCGGUGACCAGAGGCUACUUGAUGCCAGCCACCGCGACCUAAGGCGUGCACGAGCUGCUGCUCUGAAUAUCGUUCCCACUUCAACAGGUGCAGCAAAGGCCGUGGCUCUAGUCCUUCCAAGUCUAAAAGGCAAGCUAAAUGGCAUUGCCCUGCGUGUGCCCACCCCAAAUGUGUCUGUGGUCGAUCUUGUUGUCCAAGUCACGAAGAAGACCUUUGCAGAAGAAGUGAAUGCUGCUUUCAGAGACAGUUCUGCAAAGGAGCUCGCAGGUAUCCUUUCUGUUUGCGAUGAGCCCCUUGUUUCUGUCGAUUUUCGGUGCACAGAUGUCUCCUCCACAGUUGACUCAUCAUUGACAAUGGUCAUGGGAGAUGACAUGGUCAAGGUCAUUGCUUGGUACGACAACGAGUGGGGUUACUCACAAAGGGUUGUUGAUUUGGCUGACAUCGUCGCCAACAACUGGAAGUGAUGAUCAGAUCAUCAUUCUAAUUUUCUACUCGCCAUUCCCUCAUCAUCUCUAUGUUUUUUGUUUCUCCCUAACCUCUGCCUUAAUUUCUACUUUUCUCUUUUCUUUUCCAAUUUAUAUUUAUAAUGAGAAUAUUGUUCAAACCA